AUGGAUAGUAACAACUGGAGGCCAGCUGCUCAAGGUGUUGAGCAGGUGGCGAUGGACGCAGGUGAUUGGAGGAGUCAGCUGCAACAAGAUUCUCGACAGAGGAUUGUUAACAAGAUAAUGGAGACCCUGAAGAGGCAUCUUCCGUUCUCUGGACAAGAGGGACUACAAGAACUUAAGAAAAUUGCAGUAAGGUUUGAGGAAAAGAUUUAUACUGCUGCCACAAGCCAGUCGGAUUAUCUGAGAAAAAUAUCUCUUAAGAUGCUGACAAUGGAGACAAAAUCCCAAAACCCCAUGGGCAAUUCCUUGCAGUCCACCUCUGCCAGUAAUAGCAAAAAUCCCCCAGAUCCAGGUAAUAGGAUAAAAGUGAUUAGACAUUGUGCAUGUCUCGAUGUCAUAUUCACUAGUGUUUGUGAACCUUAA